AUGCUUCUCCGGCGGCUUUACCGCGACGCGAACCGGUCCGAACGCGUGCUCAACAUGCCCAUACCCGUUAUAGCGAAGAAGCGGGAAGGGACGCAGGAGCUUAAAGCGCGGCGGAAGGUGCGGCGCGGAGCGAACUACUGGAUCCGCCGCGGGCUGGGCGUGGCAGAGCGGAAGGGCGAGGGGGAGGAUAAGCCUAUCUUAGUGGUGGAAAGCGCCGUCGAGGUGCUUGGCUGCGCUGCGGACGUCCGCGCGCUCGCCGGUUCGCUGACUCGCGACCUAAACUUCUUUCACGGGCAGCUGCCCGCCGUUUUCCCGGAAGAAACUAAGGCCGCGGAGGGCGUGGCGGACGUGGUGCGCACGCUCGCGCAGCGGCUCGAGGAGCUGGCGGAUCGAAUCGAGGCGUCACUGUCCGCGGAGCAGCGGCGCGAGGUGGAGGAGGAGCUGGAGGCGCAGGCACUGCAGGAACAGAUGGACAAGGAGGCGAACGUGCAGUGCGAGGUGGAGGAGCUGGAGGUGCAGGCGCUGCAGGAGCAUAUGGACAAGGAAACGAGCAGCCGCAGAGAGGUGGAGCAGGAGCUGGAGGCGCAGGCUCUGCAGGAGCAGAUGGAUAAGGAGACGAACAACGUGCAGGAGCGGGUGCUGCGGCGCCUGGGCGGGCUGUCCAACACGAGUGCCAUUCUGGAUCGUGUCAGGCAGAGGAUAGCGUCUGUGGACAUCUCAUUCGGAGACUUCAGCAUCGACCUGCCCACCAUCAAAGGGCGCCAUUCUGGAGAAGGGUCGGCAGAGGAUAGCGUAGGGUCUGUGGACAUCUCGUUUGGGGACUUCAGCAUCGACCCGCCCACCAUCAAAGGGAACCCAACACGUGCUCCGUUCUGGAAUGGGAGUGGCAGAGGGCAGAGGAUAGCGUCUGUGGACAUCUCAUUCGGAGACUUCAGCAUCGACCUGCCCACCAUCAAAGGGGCGGGAGGGAAGGCGGUGCGCACCCUGGUGGACACGUGGCGGCGUCUGAAUGGCCGCCCGCCCACCACGGAGCUGGAGCCCCUGGCAUCUGGCCUGCCGCGACCCGAUUCAACGGGCGAUAAAGAGGAGGAGAAGAAGCUCAAGCUUCUGCUGGAGGUACGAGGUGGUAGAUGUGUUACAUGGUUACCACCAGGUGCCUAUCCAAGCACCACAGAGCUGGAGCCCCUGGUGUCGGGCCUUCCCCGCUUCGAUGCAACGGGCGACAAGGAGGAGGAGAAGGAGCUCAAGCUUCUGCUGGAGGUACGAGCUGGUAACCAGAUGACACUAGCGUACGAGACAGGGCUGGAGCCCCUGUCAUCCUGGCUGCCUCGGCCCGAACCAACCGGUGACGGGGAGGAGGAGAAGAAGCUCAAGCUGCCGCUGAAGCUUUCCCCUCCAAAGUGGAGGCCUUGGUCAGGCGGCUGGAAUGAGGCCAUUUGCAACAGGGAGCAGCGGCUUAUUAAGCUGGGGGGCGACUCGCCCUUUCCCAACUCCCUUUUCUUGUGCGAGAAGGGGCGACUCUCCCUUUCCCAACUCCCUCUUCUUGUGCGAGAAGGGGCGACUCUCCCUUUCCCAACUCCCUCUUCUUGUGCGAGAAGGGGUGACUCUCCCUUUCCCAACUCCCUCUUCUUGUGCGAGAAGGGGCGACUCUCCCUUUCCCAACUCCCUAUUCUUGUGCGAGAAGGGGCGACUCUCCCUUUCCCAACUCCCUAUUCUUGUGCGAGAAGGGGCGACUCUCCCUUUCCCAACUCCCUCUUCUUGUGCGAGAAGGGGCGACUCUCCCUUUCCCAACUCCCUCUUCUUGUGCGAGAAGGGGCGACUCUCCCUUUCCCAACUCCCUCUUCUUGUGCGAGAAGGGGCGACUCUCCCUUUCCCAACUCCCUAUUGUUGUGCGAGAAGGGGCGACUCUCCCUUUCCCAACUCCCUAUUGUUGUGCGAGAAGGGGCGACUCUCCCUUUCCCAACUCCCUCUUCUUGUGCGAGAAGGGGCGACUCUCCCUUUCCCAACUCCCUCUUCUUGUGCGAGAAGGGGCGACUCUCCCUUUCCCGAUUCCCUCUUCUUGUGCGAGAAGGGGCGACUCUCCCUUUCCCAACUCCCUCUUCUUGUGCGAGAAGGGGCGACUCUCCCUUUCCCAACUCCCUAUUCUUGUGCGAGAAGGGGCGACUCUCCCUUUCCCAACUCCCUCUUCUUGUGCGAGAAGGGGCGACUCUCCCUUUCCCAACUCCCUCUUCUUGUGCAAGAAGGGGCGACUCUCCCUUUCCCAACUCCCUCUUCUUGUGCGAGAAGGGGCGACUCUCCCUUUCCCAACUCCCUCUUCUUGUGCGAGAAGGGGCGACUCUCCCUUUCCCAACUCCCUCUUCUUGUGCGACUCCCCCUUUCCUGCCUUCUCUCUCUUCCCUUCUCUCUCCCUUUUCUCAACUCCUUCCUGUUGAGGCCCUGGACAAGCGGCUGAACGAAGCAAUUCGCAGCAGGGAGCAGCGGCUGCGGCAGAGGAAUGUGCUCGUGAGGGCGAGGCUUGCACGCGAGAUCAAGGCGCUGGAUGAUGAGGUGAGCGAGCCGCGAAAGGAGCUGGCAGUGCGCACACUGCAGGUGCAGACGCAAGGCACAACACGAAUAGAUGCGCCCAUAACCACCGUCCCACAACACCCACCAUGCACCACUCCCUCCGCCCAUGCUUCCAUCCGUGCAGGUGAACGAGCUGCGCAAGGAGCUGGCGGUGAACGAGCUGAGCAAGGAGUUGGCGGUACGCACGCUGCAGCUGCAGAUGCAGCAUGCUUCUCCGCACCCAUAACCUCCGUUCACCAUGCACCAUGCUUCUCAACGCCCACCAUGCACCACACCACUUCCUGUGUCACUCCUCUCACCAUGCAGGUGAACGAGCUGCGCAAGGAGCUGGCAGUGCGCACGCUGCAGCUGCAGAUGCAGGUCAUUUACAUGUUCCUGGAGCAGGAGCUGCUGUUUGCUGCCGACUCCCAUGCAUGCAGCACGCUGCAGCUGCAGAUGCAGGUCAUCUCCAUGUUCCUGGAGCAGGAGCUGCUCUUUGCUGCUGACUCUCCGCAUUUGCAAAACUCCAUCUCAAAUCUAAACCUGAACCCCUCAAAGAGCAGAGAAGCGUUUCUUCUUCCUCCCAUUCUCUCCUCCCUUCCAAAACUCACUCGCCCUCCUCUCCUUCCUCCAGUAAUCCUCCCCCCUCUCCCUCCCCCAUCACCAGAGGACAUGCGGUCAGACGAGGACGAGUCUCUGCUGGUGGCGGAGUAUGGGCUGCUCGACGCUGAUAUGGCGUGCCUGUUGUUAGCCCCUCGCUUCCCUCCUCUCUACCUCACCACCCCAUCCCUCCCCACCAGAGGAUAUGUGGACACGUGGUCAGACGAGGAUGAGUCUUUGUUGGUUGCGGAAUAUGGGCUGCUCGAUUCAGACCUGGCGUGCCUGCUGUUAACCCCUCCCUUUCCUCCCCCCCACCUCACCUCACCCACCCUCCCCAUCCCUCCCCACCAGAGGACAUGCAAGGACAUGCGGUCAGACGAGGACGAGUCUCUCCUCGUGGCGGAGUACGGGCUGCUCGAUGCUGACCUGGCACGCCUGCGCACGGCUGUGGACAGAAACGAGGCGAUUCUUAUCGAGGAUGAGGAGCUGGAGGCGCUGGCGAUCGACAUUCCUGGUGUGUA